AUGGCUACACCACAAGCCCUACAAGCGCUAAUAUAUGAACAGAAAUUAGUACGUCUCCGGCGAGAACGGGUCGGUCUUCGGCGAGAAGAGGUCGACCUGGACAUUCGCGAUCUCGAAAUAGAGAAAGAAAUAUCAAGUUCCACCAAUGAUGCUCACAUUUGCUCUGAAAGCCAGCGACUACAUGAUGGAGACGGCACUCCUGGUGUGGUCGCGGUUUCAAGACUCCCUGCAGGAUGUGAUAUCAUCGACCUCACAUCUGAUGAUGAAUCACAAUCUAUCAAGAACGAACAGGAAACAGCCGAACCCGCCAAGACUAACGCGGCGAGUAUCAAAAUUCAAAUCUUUCAUGACAUCAAAGAUUAUAUCGCGGAUGAAACUGUUACAGCUGGUAGUAUGGACGAUGAGGUCGAGAGAUCUACCACGAAGGGAAAACUCGACUCGCUUGAAAGCGACAAGGCGAAGGCCGAAGCAGUUGUCUCAGUCAAGGACUCGACGAUGACACAAGUCUAUACUCCUCCAAAUUCUCAUGAUGAUCCGGUCAAGAACUUGACUCCCGAAUCUUCUGUGGGUGUGGAGGCGGAACAGUCCAAGUCCAAAGAUGCUUCACUCACAGAGUCUCCAACGCUUCAGACUACGCAAUCGCAACUGACCACUCCAGACGCUUCAAUAGCUAUCGCCGAGCCAUUACAGAAUCAGGUACAGGCUGUUGUACUCACUGCUGUGGUAGACAAAAACCAACCAUACUACGAGGAGAGAUUAUUCAGGGAAGCCAAGUAUAAUGGUAAGACUUACGGUGCGUGGACCAAUAAGAAGUGGUGGAUAGAGAUUGGACAUCGCCUAACCUCGAACUCGGCGAAAGUGCUGACAGCAAUCCAUGAGUGCCGAGCAGACGGUGCACAAGAACGGACUCCUCUCGAGUUCCUUCGGAGAGCUAGUUGCAUGAGUAUUCUUCGUCAAGCGGGAAUUGGUGGGGUUCAGAAGCGUAAGGGACAUAUGAUCCUAGCCCAGGAUUUCCAACGUGCCAAAGAUCACCCAAUUUUGUACAAGCUGAACAGAAAUGGUGAGCCGAAAUGGACAAAAGAUCCAGCUUAUCGAAAAGUACUACAAGAUAUGGAGCUUGUACUGGUGGAAGGCCUAUAUUGGGUCAGAGGCGAAGUACCCGACAAUUAUGACAAUCUUAUCAUCAAUGCGGGUGUGCCUGAUGCUGCGAUUAUUGAGAAGUCUAAGGAAAGCAAUCUCGCGACACCUCCAGCGACUCCAAAGGCCUCGGAGGAGAGUCCAGCCAGGAACCAGCAACACAUGACACUGGCAGCCCCUCCGACUAAACGCCCUAACCCUACAUACGGUGAGACAGACGAUUCAGAAGCAGAGACAGAGGGCCAAAACGCUCAGCCUCCAUCUUCGCUUGUUCCUGCGCGGUGGAGGUCAAACCUUUUUGCAGCGAAGCGACCACGUACCGACAGCCAGCCUGUCGAGCCUCAACAGAGGCAGGCUUCUCCAACACCACAUCCACAACUUUCACGCUUGCAGUCAUCUGAAAGCCGGAUCCGGACAAGCGCCAUGUUCGAUUUAUUGCGCACUUCUGAAUCACCAUAG